AGAGCUGAGCUCUGGGAGACAAGACUGCAGAACCCACAUGGUCUCUGGCAUGAAGGAUCUCAGGCUUUGGUUACAUUGGAUCUACAUUUUGCCCUUUAUUUCAAACUCUACUGCUUCAGUGUGAACUGCAAUCACCUAGUUUGGAAAGUAGUUGAACCGUUUUUUGGGGUUUUUUUGAAGAUGGAGAAGGGCAGUUUGAGAGUGAUUUAUUCACUAACCCUGCUCAUGUUUUUGGGUGUCUAUGUCUCUGGAGCAAAAAACAAGGGGAGGAUUGGAACAUAUCCAUGGAACCAGCAAGAAGAUCAGGAGCUUUUUGCUCAAAAAAAGAUCGUUGGAGAUGAAAUAGUUAGUGACUUGGAUCAAGAUGAAUUUCAUAUGGAGAAGACAAAACAAGAAUACAUGGAGGAUGCAGACGGAGGUUCUUUGCACCCAUCAUCUGAGGAGUUUUCUGGAACUCACCCAACUCCGACACCUCAGUCAUACCUGCCCAAUUUGAGUGUGACAUAUAGUGAAGACAAAGAUGGCAGCACCGGGGAAAUCCUCAAUAAAAUCAAUGUCACAGAGCAAGACAUCACAAGGAUCUACAACCCUCUGUUCCCAGUGACAAACAGCUCCUACAGUGCCUAUGGGAUUCUGUUUCUGGCCCUUGUUGUGUUUGCUGUAGGGAUUGUGGGUAAUCUGGCAGUCAUGUGCAUUGUUUGGCAUAACUACUUCAUGAGGAGUGCUUGGAACUACAUCCUGGCCAGCUUGGCUUUUUGGGACUUCCUUGUCCUGUGUUUCUGCCUGCCUGUGGUGGUGUUUAAUGAACUCACUCAUAAACGGCUACUGGGGGAUUUUUCUUGCAGGGUUGUACCCUACAUAGAGGUGACCUCACUAGGCGUGACAUCCUUCAGUCUGUGUGCACUUGGUAUCGACCGUUUUCAUGCAGCCACCAGCUCUCUCCCGAAAGCCCGGAGACUGGAGCAUUGCCAGUCCAUCCUGGCCAAACUAGCAGUGGUGUGGGUUGGUUCCAUGGUCCUAGCAGCCCCAGAGCUGCUCAUAUGGCAACUACAGCAAGCCCAGUCCCCUUCUCUGGGUGUCCAGGUGGAUGUCUGCGUCAUGAGCCCAUACCCAAACCUCCCAGAGUCCAUUUACUCCCUAAUCAUCAAUUACUAUGACACUCGCAUCUGGUGGUACUUUGGUUGUUACUUCUGCCUGCCUGUGGUCUUCACCUUGCUCUGUCAGCUGGCCACAUGCCAUGUCUCCAGCGAUAGCGGGAGCUCUGGCAAGCGGGCCGAAGAACGCUCUCCUUCCACAAAGCAAAAACUGCAGCAUGCACAGCAGGUUGAACGACAACUCAACUGCACUGUCAUGGCACUGGCCGUGGUUUAUGGGGUGUGUGCACUGCCUGAGAACGUAUGCAAUCUUACACUGACAUACGCUUCUAUACAGCCAUCCAAGGAUGUUUUGGCUCUGCUCAAUUUGAUAAAUCAGUUUUUCCUAUUCUUUAAGUCAUCUGUGACGCCAGUGCUCUUGCUGUGUCUGUGUAAGACUCUGGGCCAGGCCUUUAUGGACUGCUGCUGCUGCUGCUGUGAGGAAUGCCAACCUAGUACCUCCUCUUCCUCCCAAAACAUUGCUGAAAGCAAGCAUGAGAUGUCCACAUCUAUUUUCUUUGACAAAGCCAAGGACAGCACAACCAUUUUGUCUAUUGGCAGCUGAAUCAGCAGACCUAGCUUUGAAGUGAUAAGGUCACAAGAUGGCCUUGAAUUAUUUCUCAUAUCCACUUUCAUCACAUCUCUUAUUAGUGACUAUGACUUUUUUUUCCAUGCUCACUGUCUGAUGGGAAAAUUCACCAAGCUCUUAGAUGGUGCUAGAAGUUGUCCUGUUGCUGCUCUGAAAUUUCAUUUAAAAGGAGGAAGAAUUCAACAUGUUUAAAUGAUCAUCAUAAGCAUCAAUUACAGGCAGAACAUGCACAAAUUUAGUUUCACUAAUCAAAACAUACUGUACCAUUUUGUCAUAAAUGCUCAUGUAAUAUUCUCGCAAGAUAGGUUUUGGGGUUUGUACUUUAAAUCAUUAACACCUUCUGUCAGCAGGAUAUCAUGUCAAGUCUUUACAGACUGUUAGUUCAUAUGGCCUGUUUUUCAGCUUUGUAUAAAAUUGUGACUUUUAUUUGUAGGUCUAUAUUUAGUGAUGAUAUGCAACAUUUUCUAGAUACCUGACCAGCAUUGAAUAAUUCAUAUCAAAUAAAAAUAACUACUCAGAUAGGUCUAUAUAGGUAUAUAUUUUCAAGAUACUGAUUUUCGGAGUUGUGGUGUUGUUUAUGUAACAUAUAAUGCUGGUUAAUAAUCAAUACCAUAGUUUUGUUUUUAUGUAACAGCUUGACUAGUAUACAUGUUCUUAAUUAUUAUAAAAUAUUUUACAUGCACUGAAUUGUUUUAUUAGUUUGUAAAUAAACUCAAGAGACAAAAAAAAAAACCCUGAAAGUGCUGGCACCAUUCUGAAGUUUUCUCUUUUUUUUUUAAAUGUGAGGCUUGAGUUAGGGGAAGAAAUUGAGUUAAUGACCAAAUUCUAAGUGAAUAAAGUUGUUGAAUUAACAAGUGCUUUACCAACACAGAUCCACCCACCCUUUUUUUUUAAAUUCCAGUGUAUGAAAUGUAAUUAAGUGUGCAGCAGAAUGUGUAACUAGCAGGAGUUUGUUCAGAAUUUUUUGUAUGUCUGCUGAUGGCUAAGCGACAAGUUUUGUCUGCACAGGCUUGGUUGGUUUCUUCUUUCCCAUACGGUUUUAAUUGUUCUGAAAAGAAGAUAGAGGCUUCCACUGAAUAUCAAUGUCCAGACUACAGCUGAGUUGCCAAGAGACCACCAAAAAUUCACAUGCGCUUCAGACUGGCCAAUAGUGAACACAAAACCCUUGGGUUUUCCCACCUUUCUUGGUUGUCACAGGAACCAGAGCUCAUCUGUUAAUAGCAUGAUGUUUAUAUGCUUUCAUGUUCGACUGUUAAAUCAAGUGUGCAAAAUACUUUAAACAAGCAGUUUUAUAGACUAUGUCACUACAAAGCAGCAUAAUAACAAGACAGGCCUGUAGA